ACAAAAGAGGAGCAGUCUCAGAUCACCAGCCAGGUGACGGGGCAGAUCGGCUGGCGCCGCGAGGGCAUCAAAUAUCGCCGCAAUGAACUUUUCCUGGAUGUACUGGAGAGCGUCAACCUGCUCAUGUCACCGCAAGGCCAGGUCCUGAGCGCCCACGUGUCGGGCCGAGUGGUGAUGAAGAGCUACCUGAGUGGAAUGCCCGAGUGCAAAUUUGGCAUGAACGACAAGAUCGUCAUCGACAAGCAGGGCAAGGGAGGAGCGACUGAUGAAGCAGGGAAGAGUGACUUAGGGGGAGGAAGCAGUGGGAAGCAGUCCAUAGCCAUCGAUGACUGCACUUUCCACCAAUGUGUGCGCCUCAGUAAGUUUGACUCAGAGCGUAGCAUCAGCUUCAUCCCCCCUGAUGGAGAGUAUGAGCUCAUGAGGUAUCGCACCACUAAAGACAUCAUCCUGCCGUUCAGAGUUAUUCCUCUGGUCAGGGAGGUUGGCCGCACUAAACUGGAGGUUAAGGUGGUCAUCAAGUCCAACUUCAAACCCUCGCUGCUGGCCCAAAAGAUCGAGGUGCGUAUCCCAACGCCCCUCAACACCAGCGGCGUGCAGGUGAUUUGUAUGAAGGGAAAAGCAAAGUACAAGGCCAGUGAGAACGCCAUUGUCUGGAAGAUCAAACGCAUGGCUGGGAUGAAGGAGUCUCAGAUCAGUGCUGAGAUUGAGCUGCUGCCGACCAACGAUAAGAAGAAAUGGGCAAGGCCUCCCAUCUCUAUGAACUUUGAGGUUCCUUUUGCUCCGUCUGGUCUGAAGGUGCGCUACUUGAAGGUGUUCGAGUCCAAGCUCAACUACAGUGACCACGAUGUCAUCAAAUGGGUGCGAUACAUCGGCCGCUCCGGCAUCUAUGAAACGCGCUGCUAAACCCCCCCACCCCCUGCCAGGCAGCGAACUGACCACUUUACCAUUCUUAAGAUUCUUUUUCUUCUACCCCUUCCUACUUUGUCUCUCUCAUCCCCUUUCUCCUUAUAGCUUCUCUCAUACAACCUCCCAUCACCACCACCACCACCCCCUCACCCCUUCCUAAGUAGGUGUUGGAGAUUGAAUUUACAUCAUAAAAAUAAAAAAAAGUAAAUAUAUAAUGCACAGAUAUAUGCAAAAUGUGAACCAUUGUAUCGUAUAUAUCUCGUAGUGAUGAGUAAACCUGUAAACCAACUGGUCGAGGGGGGGGGGGGGGAAGUGAUGCAGGUGGGGACCAGGGGGAGAGGAUUGGCAGCACCUUUUGGUGUCUUUAAAGGGUGCCCAUGUCGUGUUACUGUUUCACUACCUACUCUCCAGUUACUUUAGAAGCCCCACAAGUCCUAGAGUUCACUGGUGAGAUGAUUUGUAGCCGUUGUGGUUUAAAAUGAAUCCCGAUAUAGUUCCUGUUUAUGAACUUCUGUCUCAGUAGUCUACCCUUCAAAUUGAGAUGCAUUGUUGGAUAUUGUGGACUGAUUGAUAUUUGAUCUGUGUGUGGUUUUUGUUUGGAGGGGGGAUGGUCAUUUGGAUGAAAAGUCUCAUUUCAACCUCUCUUGUGGGUAGUUAAGAACGAGAAAGGAAUUGAUAGUGACUGAGCUGUUUUUAGUACUUUUCUGGAACGUGUAUAGUCUUUUCCCUUGCUACUUUUCCACUAUUAGUUUUCCCAGCAUUCAAGGUAUCAAACACAGAGGAGCAUUCCAGGACAGUUUUGAAGUUUGACUAUCAUCCCGAUAAGCUUGACUGUGACUCAAAUAUUCUGUUUAAGCACGAACUUUUGAUUUAAAGAUUUUCUGGGGAAAUCUGGCACUGGGAUUGUGUAUUUGCAGCGAGGUUAGGUCUCCCCCUGGUGUUUGCCUCGUCACUGUCUGCUUCUUCAUGUUUGUAGCCCUGGUGACCGUUCUGUCCAAUAAAAUCUGACUAUGUAACCAA